CUCUCACUAUACGCCAAAUAUAUAUUUAAUCCUGAACUUACAAGACAACUCCACGCAAAACAAAUAAAAAUAACUUAUAAAUAGCGUUUCCCAUCACUAACGUCUGCUCACAAAUCGUGUCACCGAAUACUAAAAAGAAAACGCAAACGCGACAUCUCUGCUUCUCUCUCAAACUCUGAUUCUCUCGUCCAUGGCGGACAUCGACAUCACCACCGGAAACGAGCCGCUGAUCAACCGCGAGAACAACAGAAACAAAGUCUUUAACCGCUGCGUCUCGCACCAGCAAGACGAGCUACAGAGCUUCCGUAAAUACCUGAGAUGGAUGUGCGUGGACCACUCGAGUCCAUGGACUGCGAUCCUCUCGUGGACCAUGUUCGUCGUCUUCACGCUCGUGGUUCCAGCGAUCUCUCACUUCCUCCUCGCUUGCGCUGAUUGCGACAGUUACCAUUCAAGACCGUAUGACUCCGUCGUACAGCUGUCUCUAAGCAGCGUCGCCGCCGUCUCUUUUCUCUGCCUCACUAGAUUCGUCAGCAAGUACGGUCUCCGACGGUUCCUCUUCUUCGAUAAGUUAUGGGACGAGAGCGAAACCGUACGCAGAAACUACACUAAUCAACUCAAUACGUCGCUUCAUAUUGUCUCCUACUUCGUUAUCCCUUGUUUCUUAGCAAUGAGUGCUUACAAAAUAUGGUGGUACGCUUCAGGUGGAUCUCAAAUACCGUUUUUAGGAAACGUUAUCUUAAGCGAUACUGUCGCUUGUGUUAUGGAGCUUUGUUCUUGGCUUUACCGAACAACCGUAAUCUUCCUUGUCUGUGUUCUCUUCCGUCUCAUUUGCCAUCUUCAGAUCCUUCGCCUACAGGACUUUGCUAAGCUCUUUCAGAUUGAUUCGGAUGUUGGUUCUAUCUUGUCUGAACAUCUUCGUAUAAGACGUCAUCUGAGAAUCAUCAGCCAUAGAUAUCGUUCUUUCAUUCUAUGCUUGUUGGUUCUUGUCACUGGAAGUCAGUUUUCUUCUCUGCUUAUUACUACCAAAGCUUACACUGAAGUUAAUAUGUACAGAGCUGGAGAACUCGCACUUUGUUCCAUGACAUUAGUCACUGCAUUGCUCAUACUAUUAAGAAGUGCGUCAAAGAUCACACACAAGGCUCAAGCAGUGACAUGCUUAGCUGCGAAAUGGCAUGUAUGCUCAACGUUAGAGUCUUUUGAGAUAGCAGAUGGAGAGACUCCAACUUUGGUUGCUAGAAACAGUCAUAGCAAUAAAGGCAAUGAUGUUAUUACGUUGACAGAAUCAGAUAGUGAUGAUUAUGGUGACGAAGAAGAUGAUCUAGACAAUAAUAACAUCAUUCCUGCUUAUGCUUUCAGUACCAUCUCAUUCCAAAAACGACAAGCUCUAGUGAGUUACUUCGAGAAUAACAGAGCAGGAAUCACAGUUUAUGGAUUUACACUUGAUAGAGGUACACUCCAUACAAUUUUCGGACUUGAAUUGUCUCUUGUUCUCUGGCUUCUUGGUAAAACCAUUGGCAUUUCUUGAAUCUCUUAUCUGAGGUCAUCAAUAAUGUUUUUGCACUAUUAUCACUUUGAAAUUCUUUCUUUUUUCUGUUUCACUGUAAAUUAGUUAUAUUUGCUUUAAGUACGUCAAUGUAUUCUUAUUGU